AUGGCUAAGAUCAAGGUUGGGGACUACCUCUUCCAGCGGCUUGCCCAACUCAACAUCAAGACGGUUUGGGGUGUUCCGGGAGAUUACGAACUCGCUCUUCUGGACCUUAUUGGCGAUGCAGGCAUACGAUUCAGUGGUAAUGCCAACGAGUUGAUUGCUUCCUACGCGGCUGAUGGGUAUUCUCGAUUGAAUGGCGCAGGGGCUCUCGUAACGACUUAUGGUCCAGGCGAGCUGAGCGCUUAUUGCGGACAUGCUGGGGCCUAUGCGGAGUUCUGCCCUGUUGUACACAUCGUUGGCUAUCCAGGCGUUACUGCGAUGAAGAACAAGACGCUCAUGCAUCACUCCCUGGGCACCGGCGAAUUCGACAUGUAUCACGAGAUGAUCAAGCACAUUUCGGCGGACACGACAGUCCUUACAGAAAUCUCGACAGCCGUUGCAGACAUCGACAGAUGCCUAAACAGCAUGCUCUACCACAGUCGGCCUGUGUACAUCGGGGUUCCAGUCGACAUGUCCCAUCGUCUCGUAUCUGCCGACGGCCUGAAGACUCCUCUGCGAACAGAACUACCGCCCAACGAUCAAAAGACAGAGGCGUCUGUCGUCGACCAGAUUUUGCAAAAGCUAGGAAAAUUUUCAUAUCCUGUCAUCAUCGCGGAUGGGAAUGCGGUUCGAGACGGCUGUGUAGCAGCAGAGGACAGGUUGGCGGAAAUCACGGGCUUUCCAUACUUUACGACGUGCAUGGGAAAAGGCGGACCAAAUGAGGAUCUUCCCAACUUCGGUGGUGUAUACCAGGGAGCUGGAAGCACACCAGAUAUCAAAAAGGCUGUCGAGAGUGCCGAUUGCGUCCUGUGGCUGGGAAGUUUCCGGUUGAGAAAAAAGCAUCGAACCGACUUCAACAGCGGCGAGUUUACGGAUAACGUCGCGACGUCCGUGAUCGUUGAUAUGCAGCGCUUCUUCACCAAGGUAGGCGCCCAUAUGGCUGAAACAGGAACUUCGGGUGAGUGGGAGAAUUCUCAGAGUAUGUCUUCUGCAAUUGUGCUGACGGCCAGUAAAGCAUUUGGUGCCGCCGCAACAAAACUUCCCAAAGGAUGUUUGAUGUACAAUCAGACCAUCUUUGGCAGCAUUGGGUAUGCCGGUCCAUCCGCUGCUGGCGCCUUCCAGGCUGCCAAAGAGUCUGGCCGAUUGAAACGUGGCAUCGUGAUCACAGGAGAAGGCAGCCUGCAGUUGACGCCAAUGUGCUUUGCGGAUAUGCUGAAGCUCGAUCAUAAGCCGAUAGUGUUCGUCCUGAACAAUAACGGAUAUACCGUGGAGCGUUUAAUCCACGGGAAAGAUGCAUCUUAUAACACUCUCCCACUGUGGGAUUACGACGCCUUGCGGAAGGUGUUCGGCCCAGCACAUCCAUCCAGGUACUACGGACCUAUCAAGACCCGCGAGCAAUUCGACUCGUUGUUGAAGGAUGAGCAGUUCCAGCGAUCAGAAAUUUUCCAGCUUGUUGAGCUUGUCUUGGACGAACUCGAUGCCCCUCUGUCGGUUCGCCUCGUCACGUCUGCCAUAGAAGAGUUCAACCAGAAGCAUGCUGCUGGAGCUUCCAUGGCCGGUUGA